CCAGCGGCUCCCGCUAUGGCUGCACUGCGGAGGCUCCUGUGGCCGCCGCCUCGGCUGCCGCCGGCGCUCACUCCUCACCAGCCCUGGCCGGGGCCCUGCGGGCGGCCAGCGGGGCCGCCCCUGGCGCCGCCGGGCCGGCGGCUGUGCGGCCGGGAGGAUGAGGAGGGGGCUGCGGCGUGGCGGCGGCGGCGGCGGCGGCGGCGCUGGGGGGAGCUGGGCGUCGCGGCGCUGGCGGGCGGGGGUCUGGUCGGCCUCGCGUGCUACCGUCUGUACGGGGACCCCCGGGCCGACCCAGCGUGGGCUCCCGCGCGUCCCUCCCAGAGCGCGGCCGCCGAGCCCGAGGACCCGCCGCGAGGAGGCCGGGGGCUGCUGCCCAUCCCGGUGGCCGCUGCCAAGGAGACGGUUGCCAUUAGCAGAACAGAUAUCGAAGACUUGGACCUGUAUGCUACAUCAAGGGAGAGAAGAUUUCGUUUAUUUGCUUCCAUAGAGUGUGAAGGGCAGUUAUUCAUGACUCCGUAUGAUUUUAUUUUGGCUGUUACCACAGAUGAGCCCAAAUUUGCCAAAACAUGGAAGUCUCUUUCUAAGCAGGAAUUGAAUCAAAUGCUUUCAGAAACACCACCAGUUUGGAAGGGGUCAUCAAAACUAUUCCGAAAUCUUAGAGAAAGAGGUGUGAUUUCUUACACAGAAUAUCUUUUCCUUUUAUGUAUUUUAACAAAGCCACAUGCAGGUUUUAGGAUAGCUUUCAACAUGUUUGACACUGAUGGCAAUGAGAUGGUGGACAAGAAGGAGUUUUUAGUGCUUCAAGAAAUAUUCAGGAAAAAAAAUGAAAAGAGAGAAACUAAAGGAGAUGAAGAAAAACGUGCUAUGCUGCGUCUUCAACUUUAUGGAUACCAUUCUCCUACUAAUAGUGUACUUAAAACAGAUGCUGAGGAACUUGUCUCCAGAAGCUAUUGGGACACACUGAGACGUAACACAAGCCAAGCACUCUUUUCAGACCUCGCAGAGCGUGCUGAUGACAUCACAAGUUUAGUUGCAGAUACUACACUUCUUGUACAUUUUUUUGGAAAGAAAGGAAAAGCUGAGCUCAACUUUGAAGAUUUUUAUAGGUUCAUGGAUAAUCUCCAAACAGAAGUUCUAGAAAUAGAAUUCCUUUCCUAUUCUAAUGGGAUGAAUACUAUCAGUGAAGAAGAUUUUGCUCAUAUUCUUUUACGUUAUACAAAUGUGGAAAAUACAUCAGUGUUUUUGGAAAAUGUGCGUUAUAGUAUACCUGAAGAAAAGGGCAUCACAUUUGAUGAAUUCAGGUCAUUUUUCCAGUUUUUGAAUAACUUAGAAGACUUUGCGAUAGCCCUCAACAUGUAUAACUUUGCAAGUCGCUCUAUAGGACAAGAUGAAUUUAAACGUGCCGUCUACGUAGCUACUGGACUCAAACUUUCACCACAUUUAGUGAAUACUGUCUUCAAGAUUUUUGAUGUUGACAAAGAUGAUCAAUUAAGUUAUAAAGAAUUUAUUGGAAUUAUGAAAGACAGACUCCAUAGAGGAUUCCGGGGUUAUAAAACAGUCCAAAAGUAUACUACUUUCAAAUCAUGCCUGAAAAAAGAACUUCACAGCAGAUAAACACUCCUAAAACAAAGUUUAAAGGAUUUCUAUCGAUAUGAAAAAUGCAAGAAGCAAAAAUUUCUGAGAGUGGAAGCAGGUCUGAAGCCAGAAUAUGUAGAAAAUGAAGAAAAGAGUGAAAAGUUUUGAAAUUUAUAUAUAUUUUUUGAACUGGAUUCUUAACAAAGAUAAAGCGCAUCUUCUCACCGCAAUGUUAAAUACGAUCAAGUUGAGCCUUUACCCUGUUUCCUGAACUUUCUGCACUUUUUCAUUCCCUCAAGUAUACAGGUACUUCCAAUGACUCAUAUGAGAAUGUAUUUUAAUUUUUUUAUUUAUUUAUUAGAGAUUUAUUUUAUUUCAAAUAUUAAGUAUGACCCAUAGACUAUAGACUACCUAACAUAAGCAACACGUUUUCUUUUGCUUUGGACUAUGAGCUUAUUUUCAGAAAAUAAAUACUGCCUUCAGAUUUGUCUUUGGACCCUUGAAAUUUUUAAUAAUUGCCUGUCAUUUAUUAGUUGAAAUGAUUUUGAAAACAAAUAGAAUUAAGCUAUUAAAUAAUAUGAUGGUUUACAUUGUACUUUUAACUUUUAAGAGUACUGAAGUAACAUUGUUUGACUGGUGUAGAUUCGUUUUGUUUUUGUUUUGUUUUAUUUUUUGGUUUUUGUCUUGUUUUUGUUUAUUUACCAAAGUCAACAGGAUUUCUGGUCCUUUUUAAUGUAGAAAGAAAUGUGAAAUGUAGGCUAAGUAAAGACAUAUCUUGACAGUUAGAAGGAGGGACAGUUGUAACAAGACUCAUUGUUACUAUUUUAAAUACAGUAUUGUUCCUGAAUGUAGUGGUAUGUAUUAAUAGCACUAAAUAGUACCUUGAAGCUCUGUAAUUUAUUGCAAAUUGUUAAUAUAUAUUCAUAGCAUCAAAGUGUGUUAUAAAGACUAAAAUGAUUCAGAAGACCGAUGUAUAUUUCAGCAGAAGAUAAUAUUUUGUUUCUUGCAGAAGGACCAUGUACAAAAGUGACACAAAUACCUAGUAAUAAUGGAUAACUUAAAUAUAAUGCAUCAUUUCAAAAUGAUAUAUCUUACAAGUGAAAAUAAAACUUUGUAUUGAAAAACCCACAGUCACAUUGAGAAAUAAUGUGCAAGUACUUCAUAAAUUAAUAUAAAUUUAAACUAUUUAAGAACAAUACAAUGAAUUUAAGUUAGUAUAUUUAUAUAUUGCAUGUGGACUAUAAGUUCAUAUAUCUUCCUUUUUAAGACAUAUUUAAUGUAAGUUAUAUACACUCCACUUGAUCUUGCUUUUGCAUAUGAAAAUAGGAAGCCCUUUGUUUUUAUAAGUUAUUAAAUGUAAAGUUGGCUUUCAUCAGUUUGUUUAUAAAAGUAAUGUUAUUUCCAAAAUGU